GCGUUCCCAUGCUUGUUGUGUGCUCUCCGGAGUCCUACACGCUUCUUUCGUUGUUCAAUAAAUCACCUCAUGGCUAAAGAUAAAUCUCUGAAAUCAGGAUCAAAUCUUCCUAAAAGGAAAAAGUUGGAUUCAAAUGCAGAAACAACUAUGGAUGCUGAAGUAAAAAAGAAAAGGAAAAAGAUGGAAGUCAAGGAGGCUCCAGUGCAGAUUCCUCACGAAACAACCGCAGCUGAUAAAAAACAGAAAAAGGACAAGAAGCGCAAAAAGAAACAAGUGACAGAGAAAACACACACCAAGCAAACAGAGAUUUCAGACCCACCCACUGGCCCUGAAGCGACACAUGAGCCAGAGAGAGAGGAGGACUUGAGUCCCGAGGAGAAGCGGGUCCUGGAGAGGAAGAUGAAGAAGAUCCUGAAAAAGGAAGAGAAGAAGAGGCUUAAAGCUGAGGGAGAGACCUUACAGAAAACUGAAGCAUCUGGACCCACCGCAUCUCAGCAGGCCUUAGAUUACCUCACCUGCUGGGCCGAAAACCGUACCGAGUGGAAGUUCCAGAAGACCAGGCAGACAUGGUUACUGCAGCACUCGUUCGACUCUGAAAAGAUUCCAGAUGAGAAGUUCUCCGUGCUGCUCCAGUACCUGGAGGGACUUCGUGGAGGGGCGAGGGACACUACAGUGCAGAAGGCCUUAGCCCUGGUUGAAGAGUCAGGACAAGCACCGGAGGAUGUGGUUGUCCAGCAGAGGGCACACAGAGCUAGAGAAGUUAUCCAGCUGCUUUCCUGA